CUGUAUUUUAAGAUUUAUUGUAUACAAUUACACAAUCAAGAUAAAACAAUAUAUUUUAAAGUUUGUUCAAAACAAACACAUUUAUUGGUUUAACUGGUUUGCAUUUUUAUUGUGCUGCUAUGACCCCCAUGUUGACGUGUUAAUGAGUGUCAUAGUGGAUGCCCUGCCAAAAUGCCAUUUAGCUUGGUUUUUAUCCUUCCAUUAAUUACAGAUUCACCAUUGCUAUUGUAAUUUCCUAAACGGGUGACCUUUGACUAUGUAGCAACUGAUAAAAAAUGUACUUUAUAGUUUUCUGACUCAUGGCAAGAAUUCAAUGUUAUCUGUUUUUGAAAAUGUCACUGAUCCUUUCUCAGUCCCUCCUGUUCACCUUUUGGCAAAGGGCUAACAAAAAAGGUAAUUUUCAAUAAAAAGAAAAAAAGAAAAUGUUCAAAAGUCAUAUAGGGUGAUGUGAAAAUCAAGAAUGGGAAAUAGUACAUAUAAUAAUUAAAAUCAACAUGUCAGAAGCAGAAUCAAAUCAUCUUUCUUUCUUUCCAUUUUCCUUACCUGUUUGCAUGAGGGCUGGUGCCUAUCUGCGUUCCAAUUUUAAUGUGAUUGUACCUUCACUGCUCUUCUGGUCAGAUAACCUGAUAUGCCUAGUGAUUUCUUAUGUUUGUCUAAGAGAGGUGAAGACCCCUUUUAGCUGCCAUGAUUGAUGUUAUAAUACUCCUGAUAAGUAAAUGUGUUGUGUGCCACCCAGAGACAUGGACAUGGAUCCCAUCUGGUCACCCCUUUGCAAACUUUCUCGAAGCACCCCUGCUCUGAAAUGUGACCUUUCUGUGUUUUUCUUCUGAAUACAAAACAGAUUUUAAAUUGUUGCAUAUCAAUACGCAAUCUGAUCAGUUAGUCAUAGCUUGUUUGGAUAAUUACAGAGACUUUGAUUAAGUAUGUUUCAAAUUUGAGAAAGGGCUACAUUUAGGGACAGCGAUGGAAAUGAAUAUACGUCAUAAGCUGAAAUACAAUUAGGUCACAGAUGCUUCUAAUACAUUUGCUGAUUAUGCCACCUUUGGUCUGCCUUUUGUUUCCAUAAAGGUCUAUCACUAUAUCACUUUUUCAGAUCUAUCUCUCUCUCUGUUGGAGAAGGCCUGGCAUCCUCUUCAAUGCAUAGCAACAAGCUCCUUUAUAAACCACAUCUGGAUCACCUGCAGAGGCAUAGCUCAAGCAAACUGGGACACAGACAUAAAAAAAAAACCUAGAAUUUUUCCAUCUUGCUUUACUUGCUUGGGAUACAAUGUGGAAAGCAGUGGUAAUGGCCGUGUGUUUGCUUGUGGCUGGGGUUGGAGCUCAGCCCAUGGAGGAUCCAACGUACGGGGUGAAACUCUGUGGCAGAGAGUUUAUUCGAGCAGUCAUCUUCACCUGCGGAGGAUCACGCUGGAAACGAUCACUUAGAAGUCAAGAUGUUUCAGAGGACCCAUUCACCUCCCAUCAAGAUGAGUCUUCAGAGGGCUUGACCUCCAACUUUAUGGUUGAAAAUUUCCUUCAAACAACCAAAGACCUCAGCUUCACGCCCCAAAACAACCCUAAUGGUGGGUUCAGCAGGUCCACCCGGUCGUUCAUUACUGAUGAAAUCCUGGAGGCUCUCCGGAAAGCUGACCGCAAAGGCAGGGACGUCGUGGUGGGUCUGUCCAACGCCUGCUGCAAGUGGGGCUGCAGCAAAAGCGAGAUCAGCUCCCUUUGCUGA